GUUACAGCCUUGUUUUCCUGGCAUCCUGCCCUGAUGACUCUUGCAGUAGCAUUUUUCAUGACGGAAGCCAUUCUGAUGUUCUCACCUGAGAGCUCACUGCUCUCGAAAUACAGUCACGCAGCCAAGACCACGGGGCAUGGUCUGUUACAGGCUGCAACUGUGCUCUGUGCAUUGAGUGGUUUUGGAGCUAUCUGGUACAACAAGGAGUUGAAACACCGAGCUCACUUCACCUCCUGGCACGGCACUAUGGGUGUCAUUACCAUCACCUACAUCUGCGUUCAGAUACUUGGUGGUAUCGCACUGAAGAUGAAAUGGUUGGUAGGGAAAAGAAUAACGCUCGCCCAGAAUAAGCUCUAUCAUGCAACGUCCGGCCUUCUUUUGUAUCUGUGCGGCCUCACCACACUGAGUCUCGGCAUUUACUCAGGCUGGUUCACGCAGCGAGUGCAGGUACCAGUGCAGUAUGCAUGUCUGGGAAGCGUUGUAAUAUUGGCUUUCACAGUCGUCAAUCAGGUCACGAAAGCUUACCUGGCUAAGAAGUGAAAUACGUGAAAGCACGACUGAAAUUCAUGAAAACACGUCAGGUAUGAUGACAAAUUCCAAUUCGAUGGACCAUAAAAAAAUGUAUGCACAUUGAAUUUAUUGUCGCUUUUAGAAUUCAUGCCGUGUGUUUGUCGUAGCAUUUGGUAUUCUGUAAAGUGUCGGUUUUUGUCGAAUGUGUAGAUACAUAAUUGUGCCAUGUUAAUUUUUCACAGUGCAUUUUUCAUUUUUGCAUGUAGUAGUAAAUUUAUUAUCUAUGGUUUUAAACUUGAAAGUAAGUAGCAAAAGAAUUACACAAUAACAUAUUGAUCUUGGGCAAAGUAUAAAAUUUAUAUUAAAUUCAUUGUAUUCUUGAACAAAACUACUGACUAGUUUAGUUGACACGCAGAAUUAUCACCAGCUUGACAAUCGUAAACAAAACUUGAGACUGGAGCUUGGGAGUGAAGGUAAUUUCUCCUUUACUAAGAAUGCUAUAUACAGUGUUUCCCCUGCAUUGACACAGGCGAGGCCGGCUGCCUCGCUCAAAUUCACAGCCGCCACACAGAAAUUUGUCCAAAACACCGCCUUGCUGACGAAAAUCACUGUUCUUUCAUAGAACAGUGCUUAUAAUGGACCAAAAUACCUUAGAAUAGCUGGGCGAGCACCUGAGGUGCUUGCUUUGCUAGGACCUCGAAAAAAAAAAUGUUUGGCCAGGGGAAACACUGCUAUAUAUAUAUGCUAUACAACCAGAAUCUAUACUGUUCUAGAAUAUCUCACAGAAAAUAACAAGAGAAUACAAAGCUAAUUUGAUUAAAAUUAAUAUUGAAUACAU